AUGAAUCGCAUGGUUCCGGACUUCCAGCACGGCAACGAGCCCCACGCCUCCUCCGCCGCCGCCAAUCUCCGCCGUAAAGCAUUCACCUGCCACGAAGACGAAUUGAUGGAGUUAAUCUGGCAAACCGGCUUGAUGACCCAUCCGGUAGAUCGCUCCGCCGCGGAGGUGGCCUUUUGUGGCUCCUCAAGCGCCGUUGGCGGUGGUUGGGCGGACGCGGCCAGCCGACUGUUCAUGGAGGAUGACGAAAUGGCUUCGUGGCUGAACUGCCAGAUCGGGAACGCGGAGAGCGGAGGCGGCGACCUCGAAGCGAUGAUGGCGAAUCAGGAGAUGACGGUGGUGACGCCGGGCGAGACUCCUGUGGCGGGGUCGACGGCGAUGGGGUCGAGCGAGACUCCGGAAACCGUCGUGAUCGUGGAAGACGACCAGCCACGGGGGUCCGCGUCGUCGUCGGGGACGGCGGAGCGCAAGCGGAAGAAGGUGAGUGCGGCGCGGGAGGAAGAGACGGACCGCCAGGUUGAGCAGGGUGAUGAAUUUAAAUCCGGUGAAAGAAGGAAAGACCGCCCUACACGAUACAGACCAGUGAGAAAGCUACGUGCCGCAGAGAUCCACAAUCUCUCUGAGAGGAGGCGUCGGGAUAGGAUCAAUGCGAAGAUGAAGGCUUUGCAGGAACUCAUACCCAGAUGCAACAAGUCAGACAAAGCUUCGACGUUAGAUGAGGCCAUUGAAUAUAUGAAAUCUCUUCAACUCCAAGUCCAGAUGAUGUCCAUGGGAUGCAACCCUGGCGCUGUGAUGUUUCCGGGCGUUCAAACAUACAUGCCCCCCAUGGGAAUGGGCAUGCACAUGGGACUGGGCAUGGGGAUGGGCAUGGGGAUGGGUCUGGGGAUGAGAAUGGGAACUGACAUGGCUGGUGGCAAUAUACCCCGUCCAAUACUGCCAUUUGGACCCAUCCCUUGCCCGCCAGUUACUGCACAUCCACCAGUUCAAUUCGGCCCAAGACCAACAUGCACAACACCAUUAAUGCCAUCGUUCCAUCCAUCGCCUGCUAUGCCAAUUGCUGAUCAAGCCAGAUUCGAAGCGAUCAAUCAGCAAAAUCAUCUGUCCGAGACACUUAACAUACGAAGCCCAAAUAUGGGUCAAAUGCCACAUGUUGCUGAUCCUUUUCAUCAUUUUCUUAACCUUCAAUGCCCUCUAGUGCAAUCCCAGAGUCAAGUGCUGGAUGAAGCUGGAACCAGCAACAGGAAUGGGAACGUCGAAGGCAACAAUGGGUAUGCUACUGCAGAACUUGUUAAAGAUUUUGUGCUUGAGAAUAUAGGCUGCAUAUAUGCUGUGGUCUUUUUGUUAUAG